AUGUCGGCAUCUACAGCUCCUUCUGUGGAUGCGAUCCAAGCUACAAUAAAUGUUUCAGUAGCCAAAUCUCGCCGUUUGAUCUCGUCAUGGCUUCCUCCCCCAACACCACAAGAAAUUGCAUCGCAGAAGACCGACGAGCAGCUAGCCAAGGAAGAUGCAGAAUUAUUUAAGCCCAUGCCUCCUAGACUAGGCCUUGGUGCACCAAUUCCUAAAGACUUCCUCGAUAGCGCGGACCCCAAGGCCCGGCGACAAGCAAUAUCAGCCAAUGAGCACCUCAAAAGGAAAAUUAUGGGGAAAACAAAGCCAUCUUCCGGUUUCCAGGAAGCUUCUAAACCUCGGCCACGAAGCGGUAAUGAUCAAUCGAGCACCAAAAACGACGACGACGACGAUGAAGAGGAGGGGCGGUCGUCAUUGGGAAAACCAAAGCGUCAAAAGAUCGGGAAAAAGAAGGUAAAGAGAAAAGAUGAAUCUAAGGUAGUUACCAAAGAAGGAAAGACCGGGGAGAUUAAGGAAGAUGGCGAAAAGGACUCCAAACCUCACAUCUCUGCCGACAAAGAAGAGAGCACAGAAUCUUCCCCCAAAGGUCCUAUGCGAUUUGGAACAUAUCUUGAUGUGCAUAAAGUUGAAAAGGCAAAGAAGAAAAAGAAGAAAAAGAAGCAGCUUGCCAACUAA